CCAUCUCAUUCUGAGCCUUCUCUGUCGCUGUGUUACUAAGAUCUUCUCGGUACGGACUGUAUUCGCUUUUGGAUAUGGAUGAAGAGAACAAGCAACCAGUUCAUCGAAUCCGAUUCGGAGACGAGGAAGAUGGCCAUGUACUGCAUGAGCGUGCCCCCCAGCAUCAUCGACGUCAGUCCAGUGUCGGAAGUCUUUCCAUUCGCAGUUCUGUUGGUGCUGCUAGGACCUUCCAACCUGAGACAGCACUUCCCAUCACCUAUCGGACACUCUCUAUUGAGGUGGAUGAGGAUUUACACAAAAGACAGGAAGGCUUGGGGCGUGCGAAGGAAAAGGCAGCAGUCGAUCUGGCCGCUCUAGAUUGGCACACACUCACUGUUGACGAGCUGUGUCGUCGUCUCUCUGUCGACAUCGCCUGUGGUCUUUCCGAAGACCAGAUCAAGCAUCGUACCGGCGAGUAUGGCCAAAACAAAAUGACUUCUCCCCCGUCGGGUCUCUUCGGCAAGAUAACAGGUUACUUCUUUGGUGGUUUUGGUGGCAUUCUCGUUGUUGCUGGUAUACUUGUCUUCAUUGCUUGGAAACCUCUCGGAAGCCCGCCAGCAGUUGCCAACUUGGCACUCGCCUGUGUUCUGAUUGCAGUCUGGAUCGUUCAAGCUGCUUUCAACGCAUGGCAGGAUUGGUCGACCAGUCAGCUCAUGGCUUCCAUUGCUUUGGGGUUACCUGAUCAGUGUAUCGUCAUUCGUAACGAAUCCCAUACCAGAGUUUCGGCUGUGAACCUCGUUCCUGGAGAUGUUAUCGUCAUCAAACAUGGCAAUAAGUUACCAGCAGAUGUUCGUCUUGUUGAAGUGUCAAGCGAUGCCAUGUUCGAUCGCUCGAUUCUCACUGGGGAAUCGGAGCCUGUGGUAGCAAGUGUGCAGUCGACCGAAGAAAAUUAUCUCGAGACCAACAAUAUUGGCCCCCAAGGAACGUACUGCAUCUCCGGUAGCUGCUUAGGAGUGUGUGUGGCUACUGGCGACAACACCAUCUUUGGACGGAUCGCGAAGCUGACCUCGGAUCCCAAGACAGGAAUGACCCCGCUCCAAAAGGAGAUUCUGCGCUUUGUCUCAAUCAUCUCUGUUUUCAUCACAUGCGUUGUUAUUCUGAUCAUUGUUCUCUGGGCGGCAUGGCUCAAAAAGGCCCACCCAGAAUGGAUCAACGUUCCUCUUCUUAUAGUCAGCUGCGUUUCAGCUGCGGUGGCAUUCAUUCCAGAAGGCUUGCCUAUUGCGUUGACAACGAGUCUGACUAUCACGGCUAACAUGAUGAGGAAGAACAAGAUCCUUUGCAAGUCGUUGAAAACGGUUGAAACUCUUGGGUCCGUGUCAGUGAUUUGCUCAGACAAAACAGGCACCUUGACGAAAAAUACUAUGGUGGUGACGGAUACAUAUGCUGCUGGCGAAGAGUUCACGCCGGAAGCAGCGCGCAAUCUGAUGGCUGCUUCAAACUCCGAAAACAAUGCCACCUAUAUCAAAACACGCCGACAGGUUAUGAACGAAUUGCGUAUGUUAUCCGGCUUGUGCAACUCUGGCGAGUUCGACGCAGCCACAAUGCACAAGCCCAUCCCAGAGCGCACUAUCAACGGUGAUGCGACGGACAAAGCUACGCUCGCUUUCUCCGAGACCCUCGGAUCUGUGGCGGAGUUACGACGCGACUGGAAGUUGCAGUUUGAGAUUGCCUUCAACAGCAAGCGAAAGUUCAUGGUUCGUCUUAUGACGCCAGCAAACCAGAAUCCGACGAGUAACAAUACUAAUCUCAUGAUAAAAGGAGCUCCAGAUGUCCUCAUGCCUUGGUGUGACACUCUUCUCAACGACAAUGCUGAAGUCGUACCUCUCACCGACGGCCAGCGCCUUCAAAUCGAGCGAGUCAAAGAUAGCUGGUCGCGUCAGGGCAAACGUGUUAUUCUUCUCGCACGCAAGCCCACCGUUUUGCCCUCUUCGGACAACCGCGAAAAGGAAGUUCUUGCAGUCGCUUGUCAGGGUCUCACUCUAGUCGGCCUACUCGGCAUUGUUGAUCCGCUUCGAGACGAAAUUCCAGAGGUGGUGAGAACCCUACGAGGGGCUUCCAUCCGCAUCUUCAUGGUCACUGGUGACUUCAAGCUCACGGCCCAGGCUAUCGCCGAGAGCUGUGGCAUCAUUUCAAACCCAGAGUUGGUCGAUGGCAUCAACGCUCUCGAUAGAGAUGGUACUUCUAGCACCACAAAGCAAGCGAUUGUAUUGAGUGGCACAGAGCUCAUCACUUUGAAUGAAGCUCAGUGGGAUGUAUUAGCAAAGUAUGAAGAGAUCGUCUUUGCGCGGACAACACCCGAGCAGAAACUCCGCAUUGUCAAGGAACUACAAGCUCGCGAGUAUAUCGUUGGUAUGACGGGUGAUGGAGUCAACGAUGCGCCAUCUUUGAAGACCGCUGACAUUGGAAUUGCAAUGGGCAGUGGAUCCGACAUCGCCAUCGAAGCAGCCGACAUGGUACUUCUCGACUCCUUCGCGGCAAUAGUCCAAGCCGUCUUGUACGGACGAUUAGUCUUCUUCAACUUACGAAAAACAAUCACGUACCUGCUGCCUGCCGGAAGUUUCAGCGAGCUGUGGCCUGUCAUCACGAAUGUCGCUUUUGGCAUACCACAGAUUCUCUCCUCGUUCCUCAUGAUCAUCAUUUGCUGCUUCACUGAUUGUGCGGCCGCUAUUACCCUCGCCUACGAAAAACCCGAGGCGGAUCUUAUGCUCCGACCUCCGCGUAACCCCAGGAAAGAUCGUCUCGUCGAUGCCAGGCUGAUUUUCCAUGCGUACUUCGUUAUCGGCCUGAUACAGUGCUUUUGCUCAUUUACCAUGGCAUUUUGGUACAUGUCGAGAAAGGGAGUGCCAUUUACAGCAAUGUGGCUCAAGUUUGGCAAAUAUGACGCACAGUAUGACCCAGCGUAUAUCACCGAGAUAGCAAACACAGCAUCUAGUAUCUACUUUGUCACGCUAGUAGUUAUGCAACUCUUCAAUCUCCUCGCAACCCGCACCCGUCGUCUCAGCAUCUUCCAACAACCCCCGCUUUUCAACAAAGAGACUCAGAAUUGGCUGGUUUUUCCUGCUAUGGUGUUCUCCAUCGUGAUCGUAUUCAUCUUCUGUUACAUUCCCUCCCUGCAGCAUACCAUCGACACAAGACAGAUACCCGUGGAACAUUGGUUUCUGCCUGCUGCGUUUGGCUUCGGGCUGCUGAUGUUUGACGAGGCAAGGAAGUAUGCUGUGCGGACUUGGCCCGGCUCUUUUGUGGCUAGGAUGGCUUGGUAGAGAUAUACGUAAGAUGUGGGCACUGAGUAAGCAC